CGCAAUCUACGUUAUACACAGUACGCAUUAAUUUUUGAAAGUACAAGUAACUGCAGUGUGCUGUUCUGAUCUCUUGUCCACUGGUUGUUUCCAACAAAGCCAAGAUGUUAGAAGCUUACGAUGCCAAAUAUGAUAAAGAACAUCCAAGGAAUCUUAUUCCAGAACUGUGCCGGCAGUUUUAUCAUCUGGGAUGGGUAACUGGUACUGGUGGUGGUAUCUCCAUCAAAUAUGAAGACAAGAUCUACAUAGCUCCUUCUGGUGUACAAAAAGAACGUAUGGUACCAAACGAUAUGUUCGUUCAAGAUAUCAAUGGAAUAGAUUUGGAAUUACCUCCAUCAGAAAAGAAACUAAAAAAGUCACAAUGCACUCCGCUAUUUAUGUGUGCUUAUAUAAGAAGGCAUGCAGGUGCUGUAAUACACACACACUCCAAGUUUGCUGUGAUGGCAACAUUAUUGUGGCCUGGAAAAGAAGUCAGACUCACCCAUCUCGAAAUGAUAAAAGGCAUAUGGAAUCAAAAAGAAGGUAGAGCGUAUCGUUAUGAUGAGGAGUUGGUAAUACCAAUAAUAGAAAAUACUCCCUUUGAAAGUGAUUUAAAGAACGAUUUAGAUAAAAUUAUAGUUCGUUACCCAGAAACUUGUGCGGUAUUAGUACGCAGGCAUGGGAUUUAUGUAUGGGGUGAUUCUUGGCAACAGGCAAAAACUAUGACGGAAUGUUACGAUUAUUUACUCGAUAUAGCAGUUCAAAUGAAACAAUGUAAAUUAGAUCCAUCAAUAACUCCAAAUGAUUAUGAAUUAAAAUACCAAGCAAAUGAUACAUUAUGA